AUGGCCACCCAGGAUGAGAUGACACGUUUUAUUCAAUUACAGAAAGCUAAAUUACAUCAUGAGCGACAACAAAUUGACCCAGAAUCCAGUAAUCCUGUCAGAAGUUUCAACCAAGCAGGAACAACAUCAAAUCUUUCAAAUGAAAGGAGUGAUCUUCGUCCUACCCAAAGUGAUGGAGCAUUUACCUUAAGAGAUUCACAUAAUAAUCAGAUUAAUCAUAAUAGUGAAGAUAUUCACAACCUACAUCGGACUCAUUCUUUAUGGGAUAAGUUGGGCGAUGAUGGCCUGACUAUGAAACAAAAUUUUAAAAAAAGGAGAGAAGAUGAAUUUAAAGAAUUUGCCGAUAACAAAAAGUACGGUCGUUACAACCGUAAUAUUAACGAGAACAACUAUCAAGGAUUAAGUUUGCCCAUAAGGGAACAGAAUAGUGCUAAAGAAAGGUUAAAGAAAGAGCGACAACGAGAGUAUAACGAAUUUUUACAAGAAAAGUUACGCAGAGAAACCGAGGGUAAAUCUCGUAGGCGCAACAAUUUGAAUGACGCUAUGCAGCCUCAGAACUAUCAUUCAAAACCAGUUGGUUACGAUCAACUACUGCAACAAAAAAGGGAGCAAGAGGAACGUUAUCGUCAGCUAAAUCAUAUCGAAACUGCACCAGCUGAUUUUGUACCAUCCAAGCCGAAGUUUGACCUACAACAUUCAAGAGAUCCCCGCUAUAAUCUACCUAUACCAGAAAAUCGACCAGUUGAAUGGCAAUUAGGCGAUGAAGAUUUAUAUGCAUGGGCACGCCAAAAGGCUAACAAUCAUGAUGCACCAGACGAUAUAGGAAGGUUGCCAUAUGAUAUUAAUCUUGGUAAUGGCCAAGGAAACGUACCAUUGUCCAAUAAUAGUCCACUACUAGAUGCAGUAACUCAACUAACAGAUCCGAGACUCCGAUCAGAUUAUCCACCUGAUGAAGUUCCUCGUGCUUCUUAUAGCAACAAUAACGCAGUACCAGUUAGAAAUGCUGACUACCCUGGUGCAGUUUCGCGCAAUAACUACGUUCAAGCUAAAGGCAACAGCGUUUUAGAUCACAGUCAUCGCCGAAUUGGCAAUCACGAUCCUCCAAAUGCGCACUAUCGUACUUCCAGUCAAAAUCAAAGUUCCAACAUCUUGCUAGGCUUUUCUGGAUCAGAAGACAAGCCACGCUAUGAUAAAAGUAGCUACCAACAGGAUUUAAAACAACAGAUGCUAGAAAUGGAAAAUAGAAAGAAACAAGAAAAAAAAAGAAGAGAGGCAGAAGAACUGAAAAAAGAACAAGAAAUAUAUGAUUAUAAUCCGUGGGGUAAAGGCGGAGGUGGUGCACCCCUGCGCGAUCGCCAUGGUCGCAUUGUUGCUGAUCUAAAAAGAAUGCAUGUAGAUAAUGAGACUAAACUUCUUAACCCUAAUACCAAUGAAAAUCGUAGUCAACCCAAUCAUUCACUUUCUAGUAACAACAAUAAUCAAUACUCUAAUGCAGCUUCUCCCCGGCGUGAGCCUAAUUCAUUAAAUGAGCCCAAUUAUAGUUAUAAUCAACCUAAUCGUGAAACUACUGAGGUUGUAACUAAACUUACAUCAGAAGGUUUUAUGACUCAAGAAAGUCCACGCAAAAGUGAGACUGAUUACAGAGCAUAUCUUAAACAGCAAAUUGAAGAAAAAGAGCGUAGAAAGCGGGAAGAACAAGAAAAAAUAAGACAGGAAGAGCUGAAAGAAAUGCAACGCAUCGAAGAUCAGAGGAAAAUUAUGCAAGAAGAACAUGAGAAAGAGCUUGAAGGAAAGCGUAAAAAAGAAGAGGAAGAGAAUCGGCAAAAAGAGGAAGCUGCACAAAAAAUUAAAGAGCAGCGUGAGGCUUCGGAGCGAGCACAGCGUGAAGCAGAAGAGAAUCGUCGGCAGAAAGCAGAUGAUGACUUAAAAAGGAGGCUAGCGGAAAGUAGGAAGAAACCGUAUGAACAGGAAGCUAGCAAUCAACAGAAUAGCCCUGUGAGAUCGAACUCUCCGCCUAUACCAGCACUAAGGCAGUCAUAUAAUCAAUCUCCACCAAUUCCUGCUUUAAGAAAUGAGCAAGGCAAUCCAACUUCACCGCCUUUACCAAGUCAUAGACAAGUUACAAAUACUAAUAGCGAUAUUUAUAACCAAGACGACGAAAUUCCUAGCCACUCUGAGAUUCAACCACUUAAACUUUCAAGAUCGCAGACAUUUAAUGAAGUUACACUUAGUCAGCGAGAUAAUGAUAUUUAUAAGAGUCAUCCGAAAUCAUCACGCAAUAAUUCCAUUUCAGGAAAUGCAUCCACUAUACCCAAUAACUCCAAUACGCGUCCCUUUAACAGAACUGCGGAAGAAACUAAAGAUGUUAUCGCUCAGCUGGAAUUAAUGCGGCAACAACUGAAACUUGAGCAAGCUAAGGUUCAAGAACAAUUAGAACAAAACAAAAAGGCUUAUGAAGGACUGCUAAGGAAUGAGGAGUUAAAGCUACAAGCUCAUAUGGAACAGAACAAGAAAGCUAAAGAACGCCGAUUAUCAAGGAGUAAGAACAAAGCAGAUAUUUUUGCAAUGGCAUUACCCAAAAAUAAAGGAGGAAAUCAAAACAAUGCUACAUCGGAGUUUAAUUCACUUAAGUAUGGCAAUGGAAGUGAAUCAAGGCAAGAAUUUUGGAAAGAAUAUCCUGAACCAGCUGAAUCAAGUGCUUCGUUAGAAGUUCAACAGCAAGCUCUGCUAGAUAAGCAAGAGCAUCAAUUGAAAAUGUUACGAGAGGGUGAUUUAGCCGCAGAUCUUGAUGUUAAUAGUCAUCCUACUAAUCAUCACCAUCAGGCUUCAAAUCGUAAGCCUGAUUCAGAAUCACAAUUAUCCUUAUUGACAUCAGAAACUAAAUUUGUACCAGUCGAUGAUAAUGGUAACAACGUUAAAGGCUCAACCGAUGAAAAUUCUACUAAAGUUUCAUCAGCACGUGAAAGAAGAAGAAUUCGACAACGCGAUGAGUUACCAUCUACCCCGGCGUCCAUUUCCAGUCUAAAUAUCGAUGCCAUCAAUGAGAAAAAUAAAGAACGAUUACUUAGAUUGGAGAAAUUGACUGAAAGAAGAAAGAAAAAUGACACUUUAGAACCAAGCGCGGUUUUAGAAGAAUAUUUAGAAAAAUAA